CAAGGUUCAAUCUGCAAAGAAAUCAAAAUCUGCAUAUGUGAAAAUGUUUGGUAAAUAUGGAUCUGAAGAAGAAUUAAAUUAUAAAACUAACAGCAAAGAAAAUCUUGAAGGAAGUAAUGCAGAUAAUCAAGCUCCUUCAAAUAAAGAAAAUACUAUUCAACAACAGCAAAGCAUCCGACCUUCAAAACCACCAAGACGUAAAUAUUCUCUCCAGACUACAUCACAAAAAGAAACUGAAUGUACUACUGAAUUAGAAUCAAACUUAAAUAUCAGUAAUUCUUUAUCACCAAAGAUUAUUAAUUCUGAUACAGAACAAAUGUAUGUUAUCAAUUCUCAACAUGAAGAUAUUAAUGACACUGCAGAAAAUGAGAAUAUAUUUAACUCUGAAUCAAAUUAUUUUGAUAGUAAUUCUGCAGAAUAUUUUUCUGUUCCUAAGCAUACAAUUUCAGAUCAGAAUCUUUCCUGGGACAGGCAAUAUUCUAGUUUGCAGGAAGUACUUAUAAAUGGAUCCUUAUCAAAAUCUAAUUUAGAAUCUAAAUCAAUGGGAAGUACCCCACUACAUUCCUUGUUUCAUACAAAUUCAUUUACAUCAUCUUGCCACAAUGUUUUUUCUCCAGAAACAUUGUAUUUUACUUCAGCUCCAUAUCAUUCUUCUUCAGGUGUUCAUUCACUGCCACCAUUUAUACAAUCUUAUUCUCCAAGAGAAUCAAGCUUUGAAAGACUGAACAGAAAGGAAGAAAAAUAUUUCUCAAAGGAAACUUUUUAUGACAAAUUACGAAAUGAUAAUUUUUUGAAUUCUAUAGUAGCAGCUACUAAUAACUUAAAACUUCCAUGCCAUCGUCGUCAUCAUAGUGAUCCAGUUUUAUCAUGGGAUAAUAAAUUGACAAAGAAAUCAAUGGUUAGAACUGCUUCUCAGCGAAGUCAUUCCUUUAUAGGUCCAUCACCAAAUAAAGCAUUUAAUAAAUUAUCAAUGGAAAAUUUAAAAAAUCAGCAUUAUUUAGGUGGAAUUAAAGAUCCAAUUCUUUUAAGUGCUGAAGUUAAGGCUCUUCGAGAAAUCAAUGAAAAGUUAUGGCAACAUCUUCAUUCAGUCCAGUCUCAGCUUGAUAUACUUCAAAAAUUUAAACAUGUAUCUAAAAGUGACAUGUCAAGGCCUACACAAUUUGCAGAUUUAUUAGCGGAAAUAUAUUAUGCACAAAAAGAAAGGGACCAAGCUAUGCAGGCAAGACUUCGAUUAAUGAUGCAAGAAAGAGAUACUGCUGUUAAUCAGUUACAACAAUUACUGAAAUGUUUGGGAAGUGAUUUAAAGCAAGAAAGUGAUUCAAGUGAUGAAGAUGAAAUAGAAGAAAGUCUACAAAAUGGAAAUGAUUUCUUGAAAAUGAAUCUUUUAUCACAUCAAGGAGUGGACAAGUUAUUAAGAAAUUUAGAAGCAACUCAAAGUCCAGUAAAAUUGAUGCAUCAGAAAGAAAUAUUAUUAGCUAAUGUUUACAGAGCAAGAGAUCACAGAAAACAUAGAUUGUCUCAUGAAUUACGAGUAAUAUUAGCAGAAAGAGAUGCUGCAAUAGAGAAGGCAAGAAGCUUGGAAGAAGAAUUGUUACAGUGGCGUCAUUCUAAUAGCCUUUGGCAGGCAGAUACAAAACAGUGGGAAUCAAAUUUACUGGAUACUUUACGUCAAGUUAUUACGGAGAGAGAUACAUCUAUUGCUAAAGUGAAUGAAUUGGAAGAAAAAUUACGUCUCUGCUAUCAUUUACAAGCCUCACUUAUUGGUGUCAAUAAUCAGCAAGGUAUAUCAGAAAUAGAACAGCUAGAUGUGUUUCAAAAAACAGAAAGCUCUCAAGAAUCAACACAGAAAGGAUUUGGAGAGACUAGUCUCAUAACAUCAUUGCUUCAGUCAAAUUUAAAUAAUGAAGAAAAAUCACAUUUACAAAAUGAAAUGUCCACAUUAAGUUUACAGUUGGAAUCAGAAAAAAAGGCUAGAGAAAUAGCUGAAGAAAAGUAUCAAAAGUUGGAAAGACUUGUAAAUGUGUUACAGAAGAAAGUUAAUGGCUUGAGUGUUGGAGUAUCAGUCUGACAAUAUCUCUUAAUUAUUAGAAUUUAUCUAACUAGUCAACCGUCCAUUGAAAAUAUUCCAAGUAAUAACUUUUUAUUUAAAGAAAAUUAUCUGCUGAUAAAUAUUUCAUACUUAUUUUUUAUUAUUUAAUAUUGUAAACUACAUUUAUACAAGUAUUUAUAUAUAGAAUGUUUUAAGGAUGGCUUAUUUAUGAAACAGAAUUGUUAAUUUUUAUUUAUGGGAAAUUUUAAAUAAAAGUUAUUUGUUGUUAGAAGCUUCUAAAAACACAAAUUCAAGUUAGUUAAUAAAUAGUUUAUUGUAAUAAACCUUGCACAGAUGAUUUGAAUAUUAAAUUAUAAUAAAA